UUCAAAUUUGAUCCAACAACAAUAAACGCGUAUAUGUCCGAGAAUGCAAAUGCAGUAUUUCUCUUGGCCGGAAUCGCAGCCGAAUUCGAGACUGCUUCCCAGCCAAUGGCGCUGCACUACGGUUUCAUGGGAUUUAUUUUGGGCCACGAGGUCUUUCAUGCCUUCGACUAUGGCGGUAGAUAA